AUGGUCGAAAAGGCUUCCGAGGCAGAAUUAAUCAGUGAGAUGGAGGCAAAGGAUAGAUACAGCACACGCUACUAUGAACUGAAGUACAAAUGCGAAGACAGACCCAGUUUAGUAAGUUCAGAGUCAUCAAUAAAAGGUAAGCGCAGUUUUAAAUUACCUCCAAUCGAAUUCAAGAAAUAUUCUGGGGACUUGAUAGAUUGGCUUCCAUUUUGGUCGCAGUUCAAAGUAGUGCAUGAUGAUCCAUCGAUUGAUUUAAACGACAAAAUAGCUUAUUUGAGACAAGCCACUGUAGACGGUAGUAAGGCCAGACGUUUAGUGGAGAGUUUUCCUGCCGUAGCCGAUAAUUACUCAAAAAUUAUAAAGAGUUUGAAGUCUAGGUUUGGCAGAGAGGAUCUCCAGAUUGAAGUAUAUAUUAGGGAGCUCUUAAAGUUAAUUUUGAGUCGAGUUUCUAGUAGUUCUUGUAAUGUUUCUGCACUAUAUGAUAUGAUAGAGAGUCAACUUCGUUCACUUGAGACCUUAGGCAUAACUGCUGACAAAUAUGCGGCAAUAUUGUAUCCCCUUAUUGAGUCAUGUUUACCGGAGGAUAUGAUCAGACUAUGGCAUAGAUCUUCACAGUUUUUAAGGCCUUCUGGUUCCGUAUCCAUGCACAGUGUCGAAGAAUAUGCAGAAGUUUCAACUUUGGAGACAAGAUUAAGUGGGCUAAUGAGUUUUCUACAAAAUGAAGUUCAAAAUGAACAAAAAAUUAAUUUAGCAACGGAAGGUUUUGGUUUAUCGACUGAAAAUAAAUGUAAAUCCAAUAACCUGGUUGAAAAGAAGAAUAUAAAAUUACCAAAGCAAGGAACUGAUCAGCCAUCAGCGACCGCUGCUGGGUUGGUAAAUUAUGAGGUUGACAGGUGUAUUUUUUGCGAAGGACAGCAUGACAGUAUCAAUUGUUUUAAAGCACAAAAAUUGUCUAUGGAACAGAAACGACGAACAUUGUCAGAAAAGAAAGCCUGUUUUCGAUGUUUGAAGGUGCGACAUUCUUCGAAGAACUGUAGAGCACGUUUGAAUUGUAUUUUGUGUUGUAAAUCCCAUGUUGUUUUGAUGUGUCCUGAUUUACCUGUUAACAAAAUUGAUACAUCGACCUCAAGUAUCAGCCGCUCGGAAGAAAAUAUGACUGAGGAUCAGACGCUUGCGAAUUUGAAUAAUACACAGGUUUUUUUACAAACUCUGCGAGUAAACAUAAGAAGUGCACAUGGUACUAAACAAGUAAGGGCACUUAUUGACACUGGAUCGCAGAGAACAUAUAUUUUACAGCGUACCGCACAAGAAAUGGGUUUUUCUGCUAAAGGAACGGAAAAUAUCGUACAUACGUUAUUUGGAGGUAAAAGUACUUCUGAACAACGAAAUAAAUUAUACAAGGUAACUGCGAGUGAAGGAGCUUACUCUUGUUCAUUUGAUGCCUUAGAUCAACCAAAAAUUUGUGCAGAUGUCUCUCCUGUUUAUCACGGCCCUUGGGUUGAGGAACUUAGUGACAUGAAUAUUUCGCUCAGCGAUGUCGGACAUAUAGCACCAAUUGAGAUUUUGUUAGGAGCUGAUGUUGUAGGCAAAUUGUAUACAGGGAGGAAAUAUCAGUUACAGUGUGGUCUUGUAGCAGUUGAAACUUUGUUAGGUUGGACUCUUAUGGGCAAGGUGCCGGCAGUUGCUUCUAAUUUCAGCACAUCUAUGAUGUCGAUUGCGUUGUUUGUUGAUAGUUCUUCUGUGACGAAACUCUGGGAGCUUGAUAUUAUUGGGAUAACCAAUCCUGUAGAAAAAUUGACACGAGAGGUGGCGGCCAAGGAGACUAAGAAUUUUUUCUAUGAGACUAUCCGAUGUGACAACGAAGGUAGGUAUGGUUGA